GUGUGCGCUGGAAAGGUAACUGGCCCCUCUCUGUUCAAAAAAGACAUUCUUUGCUGCUCACACCAGCUUCUCGCGCACCCUAGGGCCAUGUCCUUCGGCCUUUUCCUGCUCAACCACAUGCAUGGUUAUUCCUUAAGCUAAGUGCAAAACUUAGUAGCGCUCCUUUUUCUUUCUUUCUUUUCUGUUCUUUUUUCUUCUUUUCCCCUCUUUCCAACAACUGAAUCAUGCCAUGGGUGCCGAGGAGCUGGGUGCCAAAUAUUUUCCUCGUAGUCCAGUUCCUUGACUUUCAGGCGCUAUGCAAUGAUAGACAGCCUCAGCCAGGCGCGUUUUCCUUUCCGGACAAGAGGCAAGAACACUUUUUCAAGACAUUGCCAGAAUAUUAUGUGGUGGGACCGGUCAAGGUCAAUGCAACUGGACAUUUUGUAUCAUAUGAUUUGCACCAUCAUAUCCCAAGUACAGGGAAUACCAGGAGGAGAAGAGAUCUGGAACACAGAGCUGACUGGAUAUAUUAUAAAAUUGUUCAUGAGGACAAGGACCUGUUUUUUAACUUGACAGUCAAUCGAGAAUUUCUUUUCAAUAACUACAUCCUGGAGAGACGAUAUGGAAACCUCACAGGUGCCCAAAUGGAAUCCAAUUCAGGUUCUUCCUGCCACUUCCAUGGCACAGUGCUUCAAUCAGGAGUUGGAGAUGGUAUUGCAGCCCUUAGUACCUGCAGGGGACUGACUGGAUUUUUCCACCUGCCACAUGGAGACUAUUUUAUUGAACCUGUUAAAAUGCAUCCAUUGGAUGAAGGAAAGCACCACCCACACAUCAUUUACAAGAGACAAGUACACCAAGAUUCUCUCAGAAAAAGAUGGGGAUUUCCAGAACAAAAAGAACCUGCUUGUGGAUUAAAUGAUAGUCGUGCCAUGUUUCAACAGGAGGAACAACAACGAGAAAGCUGGGAGAGGAACAGCAUGUCAAAGAAACGACUUUCUCGGCGAUCCAUCAGCAAAGAACGAUGGGUGGAGACUCUAGUUGUAGCAGAUACAAAGAUGAUUGAAUACCAUGGAAGUGACAGUGUGGAAUCUUACAUCCUCACCAUCAUGAACAUGGUCACUGGAUUAUUCCAUAAUCCAAGCAUUGGCAAUGCUAUUCAUAUUGUAGUAGUCCGGCUCAUUCUACUAGAAGAAGAAGAGCAAGGAUUGAAAAUAGUUCACCAUGCAGACAAGACACUGGCCAGCUUCUGCAAGUGGCAGAAAAGCAUCAACCCUAAGAGCGACCUCAACCCGGCCCAUCAUGAUGUGGCUGUCCUCCUAACCAGGAAAGAUAUCUGUGCUGGAGUUAAUCAUCCCUGUGAAACCUUAGGCCUGUCUCAUCUCUCUGGCAUGUGUCAACCUCACCGGAGCUGUAAUAUCAAUGAAGAUUCAGGACUUCCCCUGGCUUUCACAAUUGCCCAUGAACUUGGACACAGUUUUGGGAUCCAACAUGAUGGAAGAGAAAAUGACUGUGAGCCUGUGGGAAGGCACCCCUACAUCAUGUCCCGUCAGCUCCAGUAUGACCCCACUCCACUCACAUGGUCCAAAUGUAGCAAGGAUUAUAUCACCCGAUUCCUUGACCGAGGAUGGGGCUUCUGCCUGGAUGAUGUCCCCCAGAAGAAAGGCUUGAAGUCCAAGGUCAUUGCUCCUGGAGUGAUCUAUGACAUCCACCACCAGUGCCAGCUGCAGUAUGGCCCCAAUGCAACCUUCUGUCAAGAAGUCGAAAACAUUUGCCAGACGUUGUGGUGCUCGGUGAAAGGUUCUUGUCGCUCAAAGCUGGAUGCUGCUGCAGAUGGGACAAGAUGUGGAGAGAAAAAGUGGUGUAUGGCUGGCAAAUGCAUCAUGGUAGGAAAGAAACCAGAGAGCAUCCCUGGAGGUUGGGGCCGCUGGUCACCCUGGUCACACUGCUCAAGGACCUGUGGGGCGGGAGCUCAGAGUGCAGAGAGACUCUGCAACAACCCUGAACCCAAGUUUGGUGGAAAGUAUUGCACUGGAGAAAGGAAGCGCUAUCGCCUGUGCAACAUCCAUCCCUGUCGUGCAGAUGUGCCAACGUUUCGGCAGAUGCAGUGUAGUGAAUUUGACACAGUUCCCUACAAAAAUGAGUUCUACCACUGGUUUCCAGUUUUUAACUCAGAAUACCCCUGUGAACUCUACUGUCGACCCAUAGAUGGGCAGUUUUCAGAGAAAAUGCUAGAUGCUGUUAUCGAUGGCACACCUUGCUUUGAAGGAGGCAACAGCAGAAAUGUCUGUAUUAAUGGCAUAUGUAAGAUGGUUGGCUGUGACUAUGAAAUUGAUUCCAAUGCCACUGAAGACCGUUGCGGCGUGUGCCUGGGAGAUGGCUCUGCCUGCCACACUGUGAAGAAGAUAUUCAAACAGAAAGAAGGAUUUGGCUAUGUUGAUAUUGGGCUUAUUCCAAAAGGAGCAAGGGACAUACGAGUAGUAGAGGUUGAAGAAGCUGGGAACUUUCUGGCUGUCAGGAGUGAAGACCCAGAAAAGUAUUACCUAAAUGGGGGAUUUAUUAUCCAGUGGAAUGGUGACUACAAGCUGGCAGGGACAGUCUUCCAGUAUGACAGGAAAGGUGACCUGGAGAAUCUGAGGGCAGCUGGCCCCACCAACGAAUCUGUGUGGAUACAGCUCCUCUUCCAAGUGACCAACCCUGGCAUAAAAUAUGAGUAUACAAUACGAAAAGAUAGCAGCUCUGAAAAUGAUGUGGAGAAGCCAGAGUAUUUUUGGCAAUAUGGCAGCUGGACAGAAUGCAGUGCAACAUGUGGGACAGGUAUUCGCCGCCAGACUGCCCGCUGUAUGAAGAAGGGGAGAGGCAUGGUCAGAACUACAUUCUGUGACCCUGAAACCCAGCCCAAUGGGAGGCAGAAGAAAUGCUAUGAAAGGAAUUGUCCACCCAGAUGGUGGGCAGGAGAAUGGCAAGCCUGUUCAGCAACCUGUGGUCCUCUAGGAGAGAAGAAAAGAACAGUGAUGUGUAUCCAGACAAUGGGCUCUGAUGAGCAGGCCCUCCCUGCUAAAGACUGCCAUCACCUGCUUAAGCCAAAGGCUCUCAUUUCCUGCAACAGAGAUAUCUUGUGUCCAUCUGACUGGACAGUGAGCAACUGGAGUGAGUGUACUGUUUCCUGUGGUGGAGGAGUGAGGAUUCGAAAUGUCACAUGUGCCAAGAACAAUGAUGAACCGUGUGACUUCACAAAGAAGCCCAAUAGUCGAGCCCUCUGUGGUCUACAACAGUGUCCUUCUGGUCGAAGGCUGCUGAUCCCUCCUCUGAAACCCAAAAGAGGACCAAUUUCCAAUAGGAGAACUCUACCUAAGCCUAAAUCAACUCCCUCAAGUCCCAUCCCUCCCCCUACACUUAGUCCUAGAGUUCUGACCACACAAAUGAUACCUGAAUCUGUGAGUCUAAACCCCAUGACAACUAUUACCACUAAUCCAACCAUGUCUUCCAAAGAUCAAGAUCCUGUAGGAGGAAAAUUGCAAAAUAAUUCAAUCCCAUCUGAGCUAGACUCUCCUGUUUCCAUUGUUCCCACUGAAAGCACAUCCCAGCCAAAUCCUGCUUCUGGGACUGUGAGUAUUCAGCCAAAGAGCAGAAAUGCAACUAGCGAAGGGAACAUUUCCCAUUCAGAAAGGACAUCCACCCCUAAAAUGGACUUUGUGGCCAAAACAGAUGUCACCCCUCUGUUACCAUUUACCACAAUUCCAGUGACUUUGCAGGUGACUCCUGUUUUUGACCCCUUGCCUGAGGGACCAGAAACAGAAGUUCACAGUGGCUCAGGAGAAGAUAGUGACCAGCAUGUGGACAAAACUACAGAUGUUUCUGUAACAUGGACCAAGAACAAAAGCCUCAUAGACCAGUCUCCACUUACCAAGUAUGCCAUAAGUAUGCCACUCCAGCCCCAACCAACACCCUCUCUCAGUGAGCCUUCCACGGGGAAUUCAUUCAGCACAACAGCAGAUGGGCUAUCACCUUUAACAAGGACCAGCCAGCAGCCGACUACUCCCCAAUAUGGCACAUUGGAUGCCAAUGCAAUAGUCAGCAAAAAGUCUUCCCUCCUGCAGCUAUCACCAGAAAAAAAAAUUGAACCACUGCUGCAUGAGAAAGUGUCAACCCAUAUGGAGACUGACUCCAUGAACAAUAAGAGUCUAUCACAAACCCUUGAACCUGAUCUGACUGAGGAGGAUGCAAAGAACUUGAUUGCUGAGGGGUUUUUGCUGAAUGCCACCAAUUAUAAACAUCUUAGAAUGCCUAGUCCAACACAAAGUGCUGCCUACUGGAUUGUGAGCAACUGGAGUGAGUGUUCAACCACCUGUGGCUUGGGUGCUCUUUGGAGACAGGUGAAAUGCAGCACUCAGAUUGACUCUGAUUGUGAGUCCAUUCAGAGGCCCGACCCUGCCAAGAGAUGUCACCUGCGCCCCUGUGCUAGCUGGAAAGUGGGCACCUGGAGCAAGUGCUCCCAGAAUUGUGGUGGGGGCAUCAAGGUCCGUGAGGCUCGAUGUGUGAAUAGCCAUGACCAUCGGAACCUGAGGCCAUUUCACUGCCAACUACUUGAAGACAAGCCCCAGCUGAGCACCACUUGUAACAUGGAGCCCUGCCUAGAGUGGAAGACAGAGCCCUGGAGCCAGUGUUCCAGGUCCUGUGGAGGUGGCACUCAGGAGAGGCUGGUGCAUUGCCCAGAAGGUCGUUGUGAUUGGCAGACAAAACCUAACUUCACCAGACAUUGUAAUGAACAGCCUUGUUCUCACUGGGUAGAAGGGAAAUGGAAUUUGUGUACUGUUUCCUGUGGUGGUGGCAUUCAGCAAAGGUCUGUCCAGUGUGUCAACUCAGAGAGAAAUAAAACGGAAGACCAAAGCCUGUGUGAGCAUACCCCCAAACCUUUGGAAUCACAGAAGUGCAAUGAACAAGAAUGCAGGAAAAACACAGAUCUACUUUGCAUCAAGGACAAGCUAUCACCGAGUUUCUGCCAAACACUGAAAACUAUGGGCAAAUGCUCUAUCAUCACUCUAAGGGCUCAGUGCUGUUACACAUGUGCCAGCCCUCAAACCAUCCAGCCUCAAUGGCAAAAAAAUCGACAGGGCUUCAGAAAAUCCAAACUGCUCUGAAGCCAGAAGGAAUCCAUCCUCCACCAAAGACAGCAACAACCUGCUAGACAUGAUGAAUUCUGGGCUCUGGGUUAAUUUUAUUGAAGUCUCAGUUCAUUCAUUUUAUUUGAAACUGGGUCAAUUUUUUAAAAUCCUAUUAUGUUCCUCUACCUUAAGGGAUGUUAUUGAGUUGUAAUACAUACUGGUCUCUGGCAGAAAAGUGUGAUAUCCAGUCAGGUUCGCUUUAUGAAUUCUUGCCAUUCUUUACAGGGGAGAGAUAACAUCUUUGAAAGUUACUGAAUCCAAUAAUCCUAUAAAGACUUAUGUCUCCUCAAAGAAACGAAGGGAGCUGACAUUUCCAUUCUACCUCAGGCAUGGCAAGACAGAAAACUGCAGUCAUCGAGGGUACAAUGAAAUGCUACUGAUUUCCCUAUUUAGGAUCUUUAGGAGGGAUAAUCUAUCUUCACAGUGAUAUCACCAACAGCUCACCCAGACUGAAGAAAAAGCUUUCUCUGACUAAUAUCCUUGGAAAGCAGAAUGCAAGAAUUCAUAUAUCCCUUGUCCAAUACCCCUGACUUCUCUGUCUAUGUGGAUUGCGUUUCUACCCUGAAAUAUUAAACUAACAGGAAACAAGCUUAAAUUGAACAUUUAGGGAAGAAUUGUUAGAGGUGCUACCAAGGUGGGGGGGGGGGGGAGACACCAAACCUGAUUGUUUGAAAUCCAUUUCCUAUUAUCCAUUACAUAUAUAUUUUUAUAUAUGUAAUUCACCACCAUACUUAUCAGAUAUAUAUAUGUAUAUAUAUAUAUAUAUAUCCAUCCCCAUUAACAAGUAAUCUGCUUUUAUUCUCUUUUCUGCCCAUGGAGAUAUCCUUUCACUAAGACAGAAGGGGAUGACUCUCUUCUAACUGCCUGCCUUGGGUACAUUCUUCCCCCAAGCUUAUUCCUGAUAGGAUCACUUUACUGCUGAUAGAGCUGUUGUGUGAGUUACUUUAGACAAAUCAUUAGCAAACCCAAGUUGAAGAAUUAGAUGCUAAAGGUGGUUAGUAGGGGUGAAAAUGAACUUCAAAAAGAACAAGGAAAUUGUGUAAAAGUGGAAACACAGUGUUAAAUUCUCUAAUCUAGCUCAAUCUAGCUUCUUCAGUUAUCUCCUUGGAGAGCCUCCGCAUUGAGUGGCAUACUUUCCAGCUAAACCAUUUUUAGGAAAUGAGCAAUACCUAUUAGUGGCAGUAGGAGGAUUUUUUUUUAAGUUAUUGGUUUUUUCCUGGGGACUAAAACAAGACCUUUAUGGUUAGAGCCACUAUUUUUGUGUGCUUUUGGCAGUGUUCACAAAAUAAAUAGAGUCAUCUAUGAGAGAAGGUUGUGGUGGGUAGUACAAAUUUUAUACUCAGCGGUAAAGCCUAAUGAAGCUUCAAGUAAGCCCUACAUAAAUAUUUGUUCAAUUAAGUUCAAUAAGCCUUCAUCUAUGUACCAGGUUGUCUGCUAGGCAAAAACAUUCCCUGUUCUCGUGUUUACAUUCUACAAGAGAAGGAAGAACAUGUAUAGAAGUUAAAAAAUACAUGUGUCAUUGUAGCAUCAUGAAACAGACUGACCAACAGAUAUUCCCUACAACUAUACUAGACAAAAAUAAAUCCAGAAAACUACAUAUAGAAAGCACUUUGCUAUCUGUGUCUGGAAGAGAUACAAAGUCUAGAUGAGACAUUGUCUCUGCCUUAUUAAGUUUAAAGUCUGGUAUUUUCAUUUGUUGAAUGGAAUUGAUCCAUGAGCCUGGCAUCCCAGAUUGCAUGAUUUGAGUCAUUCUUGACUCCUGGGGUAGAAUAAUGGAUUACAGUUUCCUGCCUUGUUUCUAAUGGACAUUGAUAGCAAUUACCUUAAAAUUUAACAAAUUACUGUUCAAAUAAAUUGGUUUCCCAUGUGAAGCUUCAUCAGACCUGAGCAUCUGUGAUGAGCUGAGCUGGUUAGAGCCCCAGGGUAAGGAACAAUGAGAUUGUUGGUUUGAUUUCUGAAUCUUGCCCAGAACAAAGAGGACCAGGAAAACAAGCAUAUGUGGAUCAGUGUAGACUUCUCUAAGGUACUAAGGAACAAAUCUAAACCUCCACUUCUUGGCAGUUGCCAUUGUUAUCUUUGUGGAUGACAGGAAAGCACAGUCACAGUUUCAUCGAUAUUUCUGCACCAAUAAUGCAUUUUAUCUUCUAUUGAGGCAAAUUAUUCAGCCACAGUUACCCAUGUUCCCUUAGAACAUCUGUUCAGUAGAAUGGUGCUAUUGAAUAAUGGUGCUGAUAUCUGGAUGGCGGCAGAAAUAAUAUAUUCAUAUAUAUAUGUAUAGAUAGAUAUAGAGCAUGUGUAUGUUAAACUAUACAUGCUUUGUACAAAAUGAUACUUAAUGGUGUUGCUGGCCAAUGCCAGUUCUAUUACUUUGAUGCCGUGUACUUAAAUUUUAUGUAACAUGCUUUUUAUUAUAUUUUGUUUUGAAACUAUGGAUUUUGAACACUUUAAGUCCCCUGUGAAGGAUGAAGGAAAAGCUUUUGGAGUUAUAUGGAAUCGGGGCUACGUUUUAAGGCAAGGGACAAAAUGAAGGCUAGAUCUAUUUACUUUUGUCAGGGAAAUAAGCUUUUAACAGUAAUCAGUCUUACUCCUGAUAGCUUCUAGAGGUGAUGGGAAAUGGUCAAGAUGAAGGCAGAAGUCUAGACAGUGUAAAAUGGAAGAAAAUCUCCUCUGGGUUGUUUUUUUAAUUGUAGAAAAUUUGGCAGACUUUGUUCCCAAAGCAUUUAUGAGUAGUAGUUAUACUGAGUAUUAAUCAAGCAAUCCGAUUUAGUUUAGUGUAACCUGACCAUUUUGGGGUCUUUGCUCUUAACCAUGGGAAUCCAAUAAAUGACGUAAGAGAUCUGAGCCUGAGACCUUACCUGUGUUACGUUCAGUAUUGCCCUAUUGCUUUCCUACUGGGUUCUACAGGCUUAACUGCAUAUUUUCAUGAAAAGAAAGAGGAAACAUUAUAUUUUCAGAGACCAGACCACUGUCUGAGCAGAUAAGAGCAGUAGCAAUGGGAGAGCUGAAUCCUGCAAUCAAGGUGUGCACAAGAAAGUGUCAUAGUAAUCUCCAUGGAUCAGUAUCAAAAAACUGGCAUAUAGUAUAUAUGUAUAGAGACUAUAUACUAUAUCCACUUCCUAAAGACAUAAUCAAACUUAGCAUUAGUUGCUCAUCCAACAUAUCUACUUGGGCAACAGUACCCAAAAAAGAAAGAAAGAGAGAAAGUGUGAAAUAUGAAAGAAUCCUUCACAGAUUAGGUCUUAGCCACACAGAUAAGGGGCAAUCAAAUCACUCGGUAACUAAUAAGCUGACAGAUUAUAAAGUUGGCACCAUUAGAGGCUGCCUCGGGUUAAUAAAGAUGGGACUGUGUGGUCUAGAGGCAAAAACCUGAUCAUUUUCUUCAUCAGGUGUUCUUCUGACACUCAAGAGAUAGGAAGCAGAAUUGUUGUGGACUAUGUAAUGUUCUUUCAACCUUAAAGGAUUAAAUGAUAGAUUUGGAAGUGAGAUCCAAGGAUAUAUGCGUACCUCUUGAAAACCAGAGAGGAUUGCUGCAGGGUCUGGUGCUGAAAUAAUACCAUUGGAGAAAAAUAAACCCCAAAUCCAUAAGCAGAUAUACAUGACUUUACAUGGUAAUAGGAAGGUUUUCUGAAAAAUUGUAAAUUCAGGUUUUGUAACUCAGGUCAUGUACAGAUUAUGGGAGUUGGGGAUUCAAGUCAACCUUAUUUUAUGUGUUUGUAAAAUGAUGAAUUAUUUUGUGAAACAAAUAACAAUCUAAUUUAUCUUUGUGGGUUUAAAUUUUUGUAUAAUGAGUUUUAUUAAACCAGGGUUUACCUGUAUGUAAAAUCUUCACUAGCAACCAACUGAGACGUUUUUAGGGUCAGAAGUGGAAAUUACUGUAGAAGAACCACAAAAAUUUCAGGUUCUAAUCUCUAAUUAUUCAGUGUAAUUUAGGAAGCUGAACAAUUUCAUACCCCAACUCCUCCCUGAAGUAAAGGAAGUGAAACCCCAUCUAAGCCACAUGUCCCAACUUUUCACAAGAAGCAGGUAGGGGGCACAGCGGUUGGGAAGGGGCAUACUUAAGUUCAAGUUCAACCUCAGAUAUUUACUAAUUGUGUGACCCUCUACAACUCACUUAAAUGCUAUCCACCUCAGUUUCUGCAACUUUAUAAUGGAGUGACAAUAAUAACACUUACCUUCCAGGGUAGUUGUAAGGGUCAAGUGAGAUACAUUUAUAAAGAAUUAGCACAAUGCCUUACACAGAGUAGGUGCUUAAUGAAUACUUAUUUCCUUCACUCCUUCCUUCAAAACUCACAAUUUAACUAUGGAUUGGUCACAAAAUUUGCAGAUUUUAGAUUUUCUACUAUAUGAGUUCAGGGCAAAGCCCAGGAACAUUAUCUGGUGCUCAGCUGCAUGCAGCUUCAGGAGACAUACCACAAUUACAUAUAAUACAAAUAGAAUGGUGCUACCUUGUACCUCUUGUAGUUCAUGUGACUCCUACAGUUUACAUUACUAAUGCCUUUGGUGUUAGUAGUAGUAGUAAUAGUAAUGUUAUUUAAAAUACCAUGGUUGUGGAAGCACAAUUCUACCUGCCUUUAUCCUCAGGAGUAGAUGGUAUAGUUGUGAUGCUACUCAUAACACACAAACUGUAUUUCCCUCCCGGCUGUGUUGCUUGGUAGAUCCCCCUUUCCCAGGCUCCUUAAGCUUACACCUCGAGUUUGAAAAAAAUAAAAACAGACUGUAAUGGUAACUUGCCUUUCUGGAGAAUCAAUAAAUGGUCACACUUA